GGAGUCCCCGGCACACAUCCUGUGUCCAUGUUUGGGCAUUUACGUCACGGCGGCAGGGCCGGGGCCUCCCGAAAUGGCAGUGGCCCGGGGAGUCGGAAGCCCGGAGCCAGCGCCGCCGCAGCUAUAUAAGUGGGGGGGCUGUGGGUUGGGGGAGCCCGACCGCGCUUUGGAGAUCCGAGGAGCCACCGCCCGAGGCAGGUGCCGGGAGGCCAGGGCGCCGCGGCUCCCUGACCCCUUUCCCAGAGGUGAACGCCCAGAGCCAGGAGCCCGGGUGCUUGGGAGUGCGCACCGUGGGGCGUCCCGACCGCCCGCCUCCCCGCAAACCGCGCGCCCCCAAGCCCAGCGGGCGAGGCCUCGGGCGUCCCGCAGCCUCCGCCGCCGCCGCCGCGCCAUGCUCCACCUUAGCGAGUUUUCCGGCCCCGACGCGCUCCUCAAGUCCACCGAAGGCUGUAGCGCGGAACCCAGCGUUGAACUGUCUCGGCUGCCGGCCAGGGAAGCUUCCGCGACCGCAAGCUACCCCGGAGCAGGCGACUUCCUGAACUGGGCCUUGAGCAACUGCAGUGCCAGCGCCGGGGGGGACCUAGCCGACUCCUGCUUCCUGGAGGGCCCUGCGCCCACGCCCCCUCCUGGGCUCAGCUACAGCGGUAGCUUCUUCAUUCAGGCAGUACCUGAACAUCCGCACGACCCAGAGGCACUCUUCAAUCUCAUGUCGGGCAUCCUAGGCCUGGCACCUUUCCCCAGCCCCGAGGCGACAACAUCUCGGUCUCCCGUGGAGGCCCCUUUUUCCGCGGGCACCGACGCCUUGCUGUCGGGUCCCCCGGAUCUUUACUCCCCGGAUCUGGGCGCGGCCGCCUUCUCCGAGGCGUUCUGGGAGGUCUCGCCUUCCACGGGUGCCCCCUCACAGUGCCUGUACGAACCUCAGCUCUCCCCGCCCGACGUCAAGCCGGGCCUCAGGGCACCUCCAGCCUCGCCAGCGCUGGACGCAGUCUCGGCCUUCAAGGGUCCCUACGCACCCUGGGAGUUGCUUUCCGGAGGGGCCCCAGGAAACUGUGGGUCACAAGGAGGUUACCAGGCCGUUCCCGAAGCCCGUUUCCCCUCAAUAGGGACCAAAAUUGAGGACUUGCUGUCCAUCAGCUGCCCCGCGGAGCUGCCGGCCGGCCCAGCCAACAGACUUUACCCCACCGGAGUCUAUGACGCUUUUUCACUGGGUCACUUGGGGGAAGCAGCCGAGGGCCUCCCGGGGCUGCUCACCCCUCCUAGUGGGGAGGGAGGAGGAAAUAUCGGCGACGGCGGGGAGUUCCUGGCCGGCACGCAGCCUCAGCUUUCCCCGCUGGGCCUUCGCAGCGCCCCCACAGCAGACUUCCCAAAACCUCUGGUGGGCGACAUCCCUGCGAGCAGUGGUGCAGCUGUGCCUCCCGUGCCGCCGCCGCCACCCAUCCCUUACCCCCCGACCAAAGCGCGGCGCAAAGGGCGCCGGGGCGGCAAGUGCAGCGCACGCUGCUUCUGCCCGCGGCCGCACGCCAAGGCCUUUGCUUGCCCGGUGGAGAGCUGUGUGCGCAGCUUUGCGCGCUCCGACGAGCUCAACCGCCACCUGCGCAUCCACACCGGCCACAAACCCUUCCAGUGCCGCAUCUGCCUCCGCAACUUCAGCCGCAGCGACCACCUCACCACGCACGUGCGCACCCACACGGGAGAGAAGCCAUUUGCCUGCGACGUGUGCGGCCGGCGCUUCGCGCGCAGCGACGAGAAGAAACGGCACAGCAAGGUACACCUCAAGCAGAAGGCGCGCGCCGAGGAGCGGCUCAAGGGCCUUGGCUUUUACCCACUGGGGCUCUCCUUCGGCGCCCUGUGA